GAAGCGCCGGUCUCCGCGGGGAGCGAUGGCAGCCGGGGGUCUGGGCCGCUCGGAGCGCAAGGCGGCGGAGCGGGUGCGGAGGCUGCGGGAGGAGCAGCAGCGGGAGCGCCUCCGCCAGGUGUCCCGCAUCCUGCGGAAGGCGGCGGCCGAGCGCAGCGCCGAGGAGAGCCGGCUGCUGGCCGAGAGCGAGGACCUGGUGACCGAGCUGCAGGGCCGGCGCCGGCGGCGGGAGGGGCUGAAGCGGCGGCUGCAGGAGGUGUGUGACGACCCGGACGAGCUGCGGAGGAAGGUGCGGGAGCUGGCCGCCGCCGUGCGCAACUCCAAGCACUUGGUCGUCUACACGGGCGCGGGGAUCAGCACGGCAGCCUGCAUCCCAGACUACCGGGGCCCCAACGGCGUGUGGACGCUGCUUCAGAAGGGACAGAGCGUCAGCGCUGCCGACCUGAGUGAGGCCGAGCCCACCCUUACUCACAUGAGCAUCGCCCGACUGCACAAGCAGAAGCUGGUGCAGCACGUGGUGUCCCAGAACUGCGACGGGCUCCACUUGCGGAGCGGGCUGCCGCGCUCGGCCAUCUCGGAGCUGCACGGGAACAUGUACAUCGAGGUCUGCACCUCCUGCGUCCCCAACAGGGAGUACGUGCGGGUGUUUGACGUGACGGAGCGCACCGCCCUCCACCGACACCAGACCGGCCGGGCCUGCCACAAGUGCGGGACCCAGCUCCGCGACACCAUCGUGCACUUCGGGGAGCGGGGGACCCUGGGGCAGCCUCUGAACUGGGAGGCAGCCACUGAGGCCGCCAGCAAAGCAGACGCCAUCCUGUGUUUAGGGUCCAGCCUGAAGGUUCUGAAGAAGUACCCACGGCUCUGGUGCAUGACCAAGCCCCCUAGCCGGCGGCCCAAGCUCUAUAUCGUGAACUUGCAGUGGACCCCAAAGGAUGACGGGGCGGCCCUGAAGCUGCACGGGCGGUGUGAUGACGUCAUGGGGCUGCUCAUGCAGGAGCUGGGCCUGGAGAUCCCCCCCUACAGCAGGUGGCAGGACCCCAUCUUCUCCCUGGCGACGCCGCUGCGAGCUGGCGAGGAGGACAGCCACAGCCGGAAGCCGCUGUGCAGGAGCCGGGAGGAGGCCCCGCCGGCGGACCGCGGCGCCCCGCCCAGCUCGGCCCCGGUCCUCGGGGGCUGGUUCGGCAGGGGCUGCGCCAAGCGCACCAAACGGAAGAAAGUGACGUAGCCGGCCUCGGCGGACACGGAGAGCGCCCUGCAGCGGCCGCAGCCGCCGAGCGGAACCCCGGGGCGGCGUCCAGAUGUCCACGCGGCCGUGUCCCACGAGGACGUGCAGGCGGAGCCGCAGGGAGGGCCGCGGCCACUCGGACCCGGCCUCGGAGGCGCGCGCUCCGCUGGCUGCAGCCUGGCCGGUCUGCGGUCACGCAGCGGGCCGGAGCCCGGGCGCUCUGCGGACUCUGGCCCCCAUUAAACGCCUCCAGCCUUCC